AUGGUCGAUCAGUGGAUCGGGCGCUUCUUUCAGCCAGCAGCCCAGGCUGACAGACGACACCAACACUUUUCUCACGUCAACUGCCCUGGAGGUUCAGAGAAGCAUUUCCGGAAGUGGGACGAGCAUGACUUUGAAGUUGGUGAUCAGCCUGGAUUCUGGUGA